AUGACAGAGAACCCAGAGGAAAGCACAGCGCCGGCCAUGGCAGAGAAGAUUAGAUCGAAAGAUCGUGUGGACGGUACAUCAAAAGACGUCACGCAAGUCGAUACGCGAAGCCUCGAUUACAUUCUGCGGAGUGGAUUAGCAGGUGGUCUCGCGGGAUGUGCUGGAAAAACCGUUGUGGCCCCUCUUGAUCGGGUCAAAAUUCUCUUUCAAGCAUCAAACCCACAAUUCGCCAAAUAUUCCGGAAGCUGGUCGGGACUGGCCAUGGCCAUGCGAGAUAUUCAUCGAUUCGAGGGUUCUCGUGGUCUAUAUAAAGGACACUCGGCGACCUUGCUACGAAUCUUUCCUUACGCUGCGAUUAAAUUCCUUGCAUAUGAGCAAAUCAGAGCGGUCAUCAUCCCUUCUAAAAGUAAAGAAACCCCCUUCAGGCGUUUAAUCUCUGGCAGCCUGGCUGGGAUAACAUCGGUAUUCUUCACAUAUCCACUAGAAGUCAUACGUGUUCGCAUGGCGUUCGAAACAAAGCAAAAUACGCGAUCAUCUUUUUCACAAAUUUGCCAACAAAUAUAUCAUGAACGGGCUUCUUCGAGGCCUGUAGCUGCAAAUAACGGCCAGUCCAUCGCCAUGGCCACUGCUCGGACGGUGUCAACAUCUAUCAACACCGUCACACCAAGCUCUGGCCUCGCAAACUUCUAUCGAGGGUUUGCGGCCACCAUUCUUGGUAUGAUUCCAUAUGCCGGAAUAUCAUUUUUGACUCACGACACUAUUGGGGACGUACUUCGUCUUCCCAAUCUUGCGCCAUACACCACGAUUCAUGAUUCGGACAAUCCAAGCCCAUCCGGUAAACGACAGAACAAACGACGUUUGCAACUUACCGCGUCUGCUGAACUCUUCUCCGGAGCGAUAGCAGGCCUUAUUUCACAGACUUCGGCAUAUCCACUCGAAGUGAUCCGCCGGCGCAUGCAAGUUGGCGGUGCCAUGGGAGAUGGCCAUCGACUGAAUCUCGCCGAGACGGCUCGCAAGAUUUUCUUGGAAAAGGGUUUCCGUGGGUUCUGGGUAGGCAUUACGAUUGGAUAUCUCAAAAUCAUACCCAUGUCUGCCACCAGCUUUUUUGUCUAUGAGCGGAUGAAGUGGUAUUUGGGGAUAUGA